GGCAAAUUGCGGGUUUGCGCAUUGCACCACGAUUUUUGCGAGCAUAGAGUUCACAAAGCGCAGCCCUCGGCAGCCCGGUCUGCCCCGUUUUACCUUUCGUCACUUCUCCAAGCGCCAGCGCGUGCGCAGCCGCGAGAACCAGCGCAAGCUGCGGCAGCAGAGGCAAAAAGCCAAAGUCUAGCACAGACACAUGUUUCGCGGACGCGGAAACAUCCCCCACGGCCCCGGACGCGGAAACGCUGUUGGCGGCCGCGGCCGCGGCGGCCGCGGCCGCGGCCGCGGGCACGGGCAGAGGCGGCGGCUGCGGGUAAAGUGCGAGAUCUGCUGGCGCUGCGGCGGCGCGAAGGAGCGCCUGCCGGGCUGCGGCGGCGAGUACUGCCGGAGCUGCGGCGACCGCGCGAACGCCGUCAUCGCGUCGGACCUGCGCCGGCGGCAGCGGCGGCGGCGCGAGCUGACGGAGCUCCUGCCCGAGGUCUUCCGGGCCUACCGCGCGCCGCCCGACGUCGUGGGCGUCGUGCUGCGCUUCGUGGGCUACGACCUGCCCGGGACGGCGCGGCCGCCGGACCGCGACAACCGCCUCGAGCCCUUCCUCCAGGUCGAACGCAUUUACUCAGACACGCCCUAUGGAAGCGACAACCCGCCGGCGCCAGUACUACUGCCGGCGCCGCCGGCGCCGCCGGGCCCCGCCCCCCCGCAUAACACAUAGACAACCUA